AUGAAUCUGAUAAUUACAAUUUUCCUCUUUAUCAAAAAUGACUUCAGUCUUGCUCAAUCAUUCGAUAUAAAAUCUCAAAAUAAUAAUUCUGAAGAAUAUGUUCCUCUUCGUUUUUUGACACAAAAAACUUUUAUUGUAACAAAUCCAUGUCAUACAGAAAAAUCAAUUCUUAUUCGUAAUAAUACAUUAUAUAAAUUUGAUCAAGAACAAUUUCAAUGGAAACGAUUAUGUGUUUCGCGAAAUAUUUUCAAUCAACAAAUUCCAAUAGUAAAUUCAAUUGCUCAUUUAAAUAAUGAUUUAAUUCUUAUUAUUCAUGGAAUUUUAUUUCGUACACAUGAUAUAAUUAGCUCAAUUAAAAAUGAAGAUAUUAUUUAUACAAUAUCACGUUAUUCGAAUCUACCUAUUUUAUUCGAAAAAAUUGAUAAUGUAUUUACUACACCUUGUUGUACAUGUCUUAAAAAUACAACUUAUCGUUCUAUAAGUCAUGUAUUUAAUGAUUAUGUUAUUCUAGCAAAUAAAUAUGGAAAUGUAAUACUUUUCUAUUUCAAAUCAAUGUCGAUUGUCUAUGAUUUUGGAAAUAUUUUUCAAACUCAAUCUAUUUGUAAAUCACAUCAAUGUACGAUUCUUUAUCUUGGACUUUUCCAUGCUAUACCAAUUCUUAUGUGUGUUGUCAAAUAUGAAAAUGAUAAAGCAUUAAUUUAUCAUCAAUCAUUCUUAGAAUUAAAUUCAACUUUUCAAAAAUUGAUAUAUAUAAAUUUUACUGGUGAUAGUUUAUAUAUAACACCUACAACUUAUCAUAAUUCUUAUUUCUUUUGGGAUAUUAAAAAGAUUUAUUAUACAACUAAUGGAGGUCUUCUUCUAUCUGAAGUUCAACAUAAUGGUUGUGAAUUAGAUUAUUUAGAUAAUAUGAAUAAAUCUCAAUUGGAAGAUUAUUAUACAAAUCUUGAGAUUGAUUAUGAUAAUAUAACAUUAUUAACGAAAGAAAUCUAUUGUUUUAAUAAAACUAUUGAUUAUUUGUUUAUUUUAAAUAAAGAAUUUUUUAUUAUAACACAAAAUAAUGAUUGGUUCUAUGGAAAAGAAUCAUUUUUUUCUUCUAUAAUUAAACUUGAACAAAAAACUGAAUGUAAUCCAACAUUUCAAGAUUUAUCUGUCCCAAAUUUUAAUUUUAAUAUAACUCAAUGUUUAUUAAAUAUCAAUCAACAAACAUUACCUUGUUCAUCUUUUAUUCAAUCAACAUGUUCAUAUAUACGUUUCAAACCUUUAUUUGAUAUUAAUCAAUUAUAUAUCUUAGAAAAAAAUACUCAAAAAUAUUUCGAAUUUAUUCUUGAAGCAUAUACAAUUAUUCCAAUAAUGAUUGUUAGUAUAGAAUCAACAUUUUUUAAUUAUAUGAUUAAUUAUACAAUUAAUUAUAUGAAUAAUGGUAUUAUUCAGAUCAUAGGAAAUAUUCUUGUCUCAACAAUAAAUCAAACAAGGAUGCGACAAAAUCUUCCAAUAAAUAUUAUUCACCAGUUCUCUCCACUUUACAUAAAACGCAAACAAAGCGAUUCAAUUUUACUUAAAUAUCAAUAUUGUUUUAAUGAAACAUGUCAAUCUAUUGAUAGUAAUCAACUUGAUUCUUUACUUAUAUAUGCCAUACCUCUAACUAAAGAACAUGAAAAUUAUGCUCAUUAUUUAAUCAAUCGGUCAGAUUCUUGUGUACCUAUUAGCCCAUCAAUGUAUCGUUUAUGGCUUCAGUUAACAUUGAAUACCACAAGUCGAAAACAACCUUUUCGGAUUCCAUAUGAACGACGUACAUCAUAUCGAACAUUAUUAAAUAUGUUUUCAAUACCAAAAAAUUCCUGUCUUUUUUAUAAUGCAUCCAAUUCUAUACAUAUUAAUAAAACAAUAAAUCAAUCAUCCUAUGAUCAUUUGAAAUUUCUUAUUCAUAUAAUUGCUUAUAAUAAUAAAUAUAGUUAUUGUGAUCUUGAAACAUUUAUAUUACUUGAAAUUGAACCAGUUUAUCAUAUUCAUACUACAUAUCGUGGUUAUGUUUUUUUAAUCACUCUCUUUCUAUUUAUUCUAUUAUUCAUUUUAUUUAUUCAUAUUUAUACAUAUUAUAAAUAUAAACAAAGACAAAAAUAUCUUGAAUAUCAUCGUUUAAAUCAAAUCGAUGCCGGACAAUUUCAUCAAUGGUAUGAUGUUGCUCAAUAUUUAAAUAAAAAUAAACAUACAAAUAAUUAUGAUUCCAUACAUAAUUAUCUUCUAAAUCUUGAACCAACAAAUAAUUUAACCAAACGUUUAAUAGAAUAUCAUCAUAAAUAA